CAUAUCGUAGAGAAUUAAUAAGGGUAUUUGCGAUUUUCACAGUACCGGUACUAGGUGGGUGAAUCUGCUAGUUCAAUCGCAAAAAUUAUGGUCCGUUCCAAAGAGAUUCCUUUUAAUACAAAUAUUCAUUCAUGUCCUUCUACGAGUAUCACAAAUAAUUUUGGUUAACAACCAAUUAUCUACAACAUCAUGGAUCUCCAAGCCAUGAAUCCCAACUUAACUCAACCCGAUAGAAGGGUGCUUGAGUUACUACUGAAAGAUGUGCAAAAAAGUAACAAAGCCAAUCCCGCAAACACUCCUUCAAGUCAAGAAAGCCAAACUCAGAUCGACGAGCAAAUCUCGAUUUUAGAAGCUCUCAACGAUGAGAGCAACGAAAAAUUCCAACCUACAGUAUUUACAAGUUGGGAUCAAGAAGAUCUUGAACGCCUCCCCCGUCCCGUAUACCGAUACAUACUUGAGCCAUACAUACAAUGGGCGAAAGGAGUAGUGCGUCGGCCAACAGAUGUUGUCUUCCUGACACAUAUCAUCCUUUACCUCGCCACGUCGGUUCCGAGCGCUAUCAUUUUAUACAACAGGUUCUCAUUGAUACAUGGUUUCUGCCAUUGGAUCAUGCAGUCACUUUACUGCGGACCUUUCACCCUUAUGCUUCACAACCAUAUUCAUAACAACGGAGUUCUAGUAAAGAAAUACGCAUGGCUCGAUCAAAUGUUCCCAUACCUCCUUGAACCCCUCAUGGGCCACACAUUACAUUCUUAUUACUACCACCAUGUCAAAUGUCAUCAUGUUGAGGGCAAUGGACCAGAUGAUGUUUCUUCGACUCUGCGGUAUCAACGGGAUGAUAUAAUUGAUUUCCUGAAGUACUGGGGUCGCUUUGUGUUCUUUGUCUGGCUUGAGCUUCCAUUAUACUUUUUCCGGACCAACAAAAUGAGAUUGGCGUGCGAGGUGCUGUUCUGGGAAAUUGGCUCAUACGUGGGUAUGUAUGUGAUGGCUAGAUUGAACUUCUGGCCCACCCUCUUUGUAUUGUUAAUACCAUUCAUGCAAAUGCGAAUUGGAUUAAUGGUAGGGAAUUGGGGGCAGCAUGCAUUGGUUGAUGAAAUUGAUCCCGAUUCGGAUUACAGAUCUUCCAUUGUUCUGAUUGACGUGGCGAGCAACCGAAAUUGCUUCAACGACGGUUGGCAUACCGCCCAUCAUCUCAAUCCACUUCGACAUUGGCGCGAUCAACCACUUAGUUAUCUGAAAGGAAAACAAAAGUACGAUUCUGGCAAAGCUCUCGUCUUCCAAAAUAUCGAUUACAUUAUGAUGUUCAUCAAACUGAUGCAGAAGGAUUAUGAACAUCUUGCUGGAUGUCUCGUUCCGACAGGGGAAAAUAUUGGGAAGAGCAAAGAAGAGCUGGCAGCUAUGCUCAGGACGAAAACCCGCAAGUUUACAGAGGAGGAGAUUCAAAAGAAAUUCAGAAGUAAAAAGGCUUCCUAGAGUUCCCCUGGGAAAACAGGUCUACUAUCCAAGAACACUAUACGUCACAGGAUGAUGAUUAUCUGUGCCUGUGACCAAGCCGAUAAACUCCUAGGAAAUUCGUUGUCUCUUGAACUUCACGGCCACGGUCAGUCGCAGAAGGAAUGGAAUGGAACAAUCGCAACGGCCGUUCUCGAUCUGCUAUCCUUUCAGGGCAUUCCGGUGCUUUCACACAUGUACAGAUCAAGCACAAACGAUGUUAUGAAGCCACAACAUCAUGAUAAAACAGGCUUACAUACAUUGCCAAAACUGGCCAUUUCGAUACAACAUCUAGCACUAGCGUGGAGUAUCUCAUAUAUCCUGAACAUACCUCGAGUACAUAUUUGUGGGAUUAUAUGGAAUACAUCCUGAAGUCGAAGGAGGGUAAAUUGUAGAUUGGCUAGCAUGAUAUAAUAAUAUAAAGUUGAAUUCAUUUUAGUUCUUACCACCCUUAUUCCUGGCUCGAUGUGUUAGCAAAUACACAUUGACUCUAGUGCUUCGAUACACAGGUUUGACUG